AUGUCAAUUUCAUCCUCAGAAGAAGCACAGAAAUUGGCCAAAAAGAUAAAGUCACAUGAUGAAGUGACCAGAAAUAUUAACAAACUGUUCAAGACAUAUCACGAGCAACUGAUAGUGGAAGAGCAUAGAUUGGCGAAGCCGGUACUGGAGAGUAGGCAACAAUUGGUAACUAUUCUCGAGAAGUAUACCGCCCAGCUAAAGUCACAGUACACCAUCUUCAAAGCGGUCGAAGAAUCGAUGAUGUCGAGCAAUGGCAGUGGCGAGUUUAAACCGAGUUUGGAAAUGAUCAACGAUGUAACCGGAACCACCGAAAAGACUUUGGAGAAUCCAAAGUACGAAAAUAUCAAGCAAAAUCAAUAUACGUUCAUGAAAGAUUUGGAGACCGAAGAGAUGCUGGUGUUGCUAACCGACGACUGCGAGAAGCCUGCCGACCUGCUGAAAAAUAACGAUAUCUUUGAGAAACCUCAAACAAAAAUGAAUACAGAAGAGCUAGUCCGAAGUAUUGCACUUAUUCUGGAAGAUCAAGACACAUUGGACAAGGAAGUGAAUAACAUGCUCGCGCAAAUGAAAAUCGACCCAAUCGAGGUGUCAUACGACUUUACUGUCAACAAAGCCAAGGUUUCAAGAUCAAUUUCAGAGAUUAAAGAUGGCUACAAUCUGGUGAAGCUGACGCCCUCCAUGACAGAGACGACCACCGCCACUACCAAUCCCGACGGCACACCGGCAACAGGCGAAGGUCCACAAAAAGAAACCGCAAUUACCAGUCUCGGUGGUUACAUGAAAAAGUACAAAGAAGAUUGCGCUAUCUUCUACAUCUAUGUGCUUUGCGGUAUGGAGGCGACUCAGCAUUUGUCCACGGUCGAGGUGUGCGACCUUAAAAACGACCGAUGGGGAAUUGUCGAACCCACCAGAAUGAAACGUGCUUGUUCGUCUGCAUCAGUAGCGUGCACCAACGAGCACAUUUUCAUUUUCGGUGGAAAUGACACGUUGAAUACAUUCGAACGUUUCAACAUCAACACCAGAAAAUGGGAUUGUCUCGACAGUAUCCCAACGAAAGGUGGUUCCUCACUUGCCUGCUGCUACGACAACGGUAGAUACAUUUACCUUGUCGGUGGUAUUCAGAACAAUAUUACCAUGGACCGUAUCGACAAAUUUGAUAUCUUGACUGGUAAAUGUAUUCAAGUUGGACACUUGAAAAAAGCACGUUACUACACCUACUGCUGCUUCCACGAAGAUAUCAUCUACACAGUAGGUGGAACGCACAAGGAGGCGUCCGCACCAUACACUCUAGUCAAUAGCAUAGAGUCGUACAACACCAAAGAUUCAACCUCCAAUAUUCUACUCAACUUUGGAGGCAAUGAACGUGUCGAAGCUUGCACCUUUGACAAGCGAGAGUUCAUAUACUUCAUCACGUGCAAUGUAUUUUGUAAAUUCUCAAUAUUUACGAACACGAUUGAGAAACUGGCGAACCCGCCGUUGCAAGAAGGAAAGUUUGGUCUGGCAAUGGUUUUUGGUUAUUUCGAUAAUGAUUUUAGAAUCUUCCUGCUGGGAGGUAAGGAAGAAAACCAGUACACCUACUCUAUCACCAAGCAGACUUGGUCUGCCUUUAAGAGAAAAGGAAAGUAUACAUACUUCCACGGUGCUGUUGCAGUCAAAUAA